UUGCAUCGAUGUGUUGGCCAUGUGGACUAACAAUCUGCACGAUAAUCGCAGCAGGACACAAAAACGUGUCGUUAAACGACAGAUCUUUGAACUUUGCGGUGAAAUAAACCGGAUUUCCUAUACUGUAUACGGUGGGUGCCAGUUAGUCUGCCAGGGUCGGUGUUUUUUGCUUGCGGCAUCGGUAAUGUGUCCACUAUAUAAGCCUGGCCAGCUGCACGUCAGUCGAAAUAGUCGGCCCUAAAAUGCUGGUCGACACGGACCUGGCCACUGGUGUGAUCCGUUCGCCGUACAGCUUUGACAUGCCCCACGCCUUCAUCUUCAAUGAGUCCCAGCACCGAGAGCCUAUCUUCUGCGGAUCCUACAUGGAGAUGGUGAAGCACUUCGCCCGGGCCCAGCACUACCAGUUGCUCCUCGAUCCGGUGGAUAGUCUGCCCAAGAAGUCGGUGCUGGAGAAGAGCCUUGCCAGCGGGGUGUACAACCUCUCGCUUCACGGGGUCACAAUGCGACCCGACAUUAUUGGUGAGCCACCCAGCGUUACUGGGUACAGUUAUCCGCUGGAGAUGAUGACGAACUGCGUGAUGGUGCCUCUAGCACCCGAGUUGCCCAAGUGGAUGUACAUGGUGUGGCCCCUGGGCAGAUACAUCUGGACGUGCCUGUUUGUCGGCACCUUCUACGUGGCGCUGCUGCUGCGGUAUGUGCACUGGCGGGAGCCGGGAAAUGCCACCCGCUCCAUCACCCGGAAUGUGCUCCAUGCCAUGGCCAUCCUGAUGUUCAGUCCAAACAUGAACAUGACCGUUAAGCUGAAGCAUGCCUCGCUGCGUGUAAUUGUCUUCUACACGCUGCUCUUCGUCCUGGGCUUUAUCCUGACCAACUACCACCUCAGCCAUAUGACAGCCUUUGACAUGAAGCCGGUGUUCCUGCGACCCAUUGACACCUGGUCGGAUCUAAUCCACUCGCGGCUGCGCAUCAUCAUCCACGACACGCUGCUGGAGGAGCUGCGCUGGCUGCCGGUGGUGAACACCACCUCGCUGGAUCCGCAGUUCGAGGCGCGCAGCUGACAGGACUAUCAGUCCCUGCUGGCGAGUCCUUCGCGUUCCUACGCCUAUGUGGUCACCCAGGAUGCUUGGCUGUUCUACAACCGCCAGCAAAAGGUGCUCAUUCAGCCGUACUUUCACCUGUCCCAGGUGUGUUUUGGCGGCCUGUUCA